CUCGUCAGCGGCCUCUGAGGCGCGCGCCCGCUCCGGGCCGGGGGCGGGGGUCGCCCGCCUCUCGGCCUUGACCCGCUCCGUCCUCCGCAGCCUCGCGUUGCGGCCAUGGCUGGGCGGCCGUUGGAGGCCGGCGUCGGGGCCCGCGGCGCGCUGGCGCUGCUGGCCCUGGCCCUGUGCUCGCCGGGCGCCGGGAGCCGGGAGCUCGAGUGGUACUCAGCCGUGGUGCGCACCGAGUACGUGGACCCGGCGACGAACCUGACGGUGUGGAGCGUGUCGGAGAGCGGCCGCUUCGGCGACAGCUCGCCCAAGGAGGGCGCGCAGGGCCUGGUGGGCGUCCCGCGCGCGCCGGGCGGGGACCUCGAGGGCUGCGCGCCCGACACGCGCUUCGCGCCCGCGCCGGGCGACCGGGGGGCCGCGCCCUGGGUCGCGCUGGUGGCGCGCGGGGGCUGCACCUUCAAGGACAAGGUGCUGGUGGCGGCGCGGAGGAACGCCUCGGCCGUGGUGGUGUACAACAAGGAGCUCUACGGGAACCUCACGGCGCCCAUGUCCCACGCGGGAACAGGAAAUAUAGUGGUUAUUAUGAUUAGCUACCCAAAAGGAAGAGAAAUUUUGGAUCUGGUACAAAAAGGAAUUCCAGUAAAAAUGACCAUAGGGAUUGGCACCCGUCACGUGCAGGAGUUCAUCAACGGUCAGUCUGUGGUGUUUGUGGCCAUUGCCUUCAUCACCAUGAUGAUUAUCUCAUUAGCCUGGCUAAUAUUUUACUAUAUACAGCGUUUCCUAUAUACUGGCUCGCAAUUUGGAAGGCAGAGCCAUAGAAAGGAAACUAAGAAAGUUAUUGGCCAGCUUCCACUUCACACUGUAAAGCAUGGGGAAAAGGGAAUUGACGUUGAUGCUGAAAAUUGUGCAGUGUGUAUUGAAAAUUUUAAAGUUAAGGAUAUUAUCAGAAUACUGCCAUGCAAGCAUAUUUUUCAUAGAAUAUGCAUUGACCCAUGGCUUUUGGAUCACCGAACGUGUCCAAUGUGUAAACUUGAUGUCAUCAAGGCCCUGGGAUAUUGGGGGGAACCUGAGGCAGUGCAGGAGCUGCCUGCUGCAGAGCCCGCCCCUAGAAGUGUUUCCCCUGUGACUGUGCGUGUGACUCUACAAGACGACGACGACAGCAGUCACCCGAGCAGCCUACUGUCCGCUUCCGCAAGCGAAGCCGUGCCGCAGGACCCUGCCAGCUUUAAGGAAGACGCAGGUGAAAACACGGCGUUGCUAGACGCUGGCAGGAGUGACCCGCAGCACGGAGGACCCGCCUCUUAGCACAUGUUCCCGCUGACAGCGUCACUGACACAGCUGUGGCUUGAACUAAAGGACAUUUUUAUUUUUUUUAAGCACAUAGUUUGUAUACUUGAAAGUAAUGUACAUUAUUUUACCUUUCAGAUUCUGAUUUGAUAUGUGAAGGGCUAAGAUAUUUUAUUCUUGAAGAGGUUUUUGAUUAGUCUUUAUAUUUAUCUACUAAAAUAGUGUUUACGAUUAAAAAUGUUGUUUCAGACUGUCACAAAGACGACACCAAGGGAAGGCACUCUAUUGUGGGAGACGGGUGUAUUUCCAAAUACCAGAUUAGCUACCACAGUACUGUAGAAACAAGAUAAGUCCUAUUGCUUAAGGUUCUUAGGCAGAGCACACUGAUUUGUUUAGAUAAUUGACAUAGUGUUGUUUAAUUCAGUAAUUGAUCACAUGGGCUUUCCCUGGAGGAAAGACUUUUUCAGAAUUUUAAACUUAUGAGAAAUCUGCAGCUUUCUUGCACAUCUGUAUGUAUAUAGUGAUUUCAGACCUGAGGAUACUUUUUCAUUGUUUGGAAUUAUGAGAAAAGCACUAGAUGACUGGGAUUUGCGUUUUUCCCUUUAUUGCAUAAUUUCAUGUAAUACUUUGAUGGGAGAAAUUUGUCUGUUUUUUCCUAAAUAAAAAACUAAGAUUCUA